AUGAUUUUAUCUGAUCAAGGUGAUGUUGUAGAGGAGCCGAAAGAUCUUGACCAUGGUGUCAAACUAUCAUUAGUCCAAGCUUAUCGUCGACUUCAUCACGCCGGCGUACUUCAUCGUGAUGUCGCUGCUCGAAAUUGGUGUAUGACCACGAUGGGACAUCCAACCCUCAACGACAAGACCAACAUGAUAGAUUCGGAGAUACCAACCUCCACCACCCCCACGACAGAAGGCGAGAUCGAUCUCGUACCUACAGUGAGUAUCAUAGAUUUCGGUAUAUCCAUCCACCGUGAUCAAACCCAUGUGGACCAAGCGCAAUGGGACAGGAGCUGUGAAGCAGAAUUGAAGACUGUCAGGUUUGACAGGAAUGGUUGUUUCGAAUGA